UCCUGAGGGAGGGAAGCGCCGCCGCUUCUAGCCACGCAGAGCCGCGGGUCAGAGGUGCAGCGAUGACUCUGGUGCUGCCUCUGAGCAGCUUCUGCGAGCCCAUUGUCUCCUCCGAGGGAGCCGCCGAGUACCAGCCGCUGUGGGAGUCGCGCUGUUGCAGCAAGAGCAGCCCCGCCUCGGAUGCAGCCGCCGGCAGCAGCAGCGGCCAGGGCCAGGGCCAGGGCCAGGCGCAGCAGCCUCCGGGCGACGGCAGGACGGCAGCAGGGCAGCCUCCGGACUCAGGAUCACACCACAGAGGAAUUUCAAAUCCUAUAGCAACAUCCAAGAUCACAUACUUUAAAAGGAAAUAUGUGGAAGAGGAGGACUUUCAUCCACCACUCACCAGCUGUACACCCAAAACAAUCUCUGUCUUUGAGGAGCGGGCACAUAUCCUUUACAUGUCUUUGGAAAAACUAAAGUACAUUGAUGACCCUGAAGUCUACCUAAGGAGAUCGGUUCUCAUAAACAAUUUAAUGAAGAGAAUUCAUGGGGAAAUCAUCAUGCAAAACAAUUGGUGUUUCCCCACUUGCUCUUUUGGCGGCACCUCAGCACAAGAAUGGUUCAUGUCUCAUGACUGUCCUUAUAGGAAGCGCCUUCGGAUGGCAAGGGAAGACUGUGAGAAGAUCCAUACCUGCUGCUUUUAUCAAGAAUGUGGCAGCCACUAUUUAAGUUUACCAUUAUCUACAAAUUCUGCAGUGGGAAAUUCCUCUUCCUCCCCUUCCUCCUCUUCUUCUAUAUCUUUGCCAAGCUGUUCCCAGCAAGUGGAGUAUGGUGUGAAUAAUACCCCUGUUUAUCGGAGUGACAAUCAGAUACAUGCCAGUGAAAUUUUCAUUACUAGUGCCAGGCCACAUGGUAAGGCAAUGUUAAGCAACGAGAAAGGAGGCCAUGAAUUGGAACGAGAACGGGCUGCAGACUGGGAACCAAUGAAAAGUGAUCACAGCACUGAAUGUAAAAGUAAAUAUUAUGAUUAUUUUGAGAUGGGGCGGGGUGACAAAAGCAACAUGAAUGAAUCUUGGAAGAAAUCCUUACGAAAAAGGGAAUGCUUACCAGGUGGCAAAAUAUGUUGCAGUAAAGGAAGUAAAAUAUGAAGCACCUUCCCAACAACUGCAGUUCUGAAGCAUACGCAACAUGUUCAGUUUAUCAAACACAAUUUCAUUCUGCGUGGAUUUUCUUACAGUUUUAUACUACCAAUACAAUCAUGUAUUCAUGGAUAGUUUUUAACGACUGGGGAGCAGAUUGCAUCAAAGUGUAUGUAUGGUCUGCAUCACAGAGUUAUUUAUAAAUAUAAGGAAUCUUCAUCAAGAGCACAGUUGAAUUGCAAUGUAUGAAUAUAUUUUAGCUUUUGUUGCUGAAAGAACCAAUCAACCAGAUGGAGAAAACAUGAUCUUUCCCCUAGGGAGGCUGACAUGAAUUAAGAAGAAUCUCCUUUAUGCUCAUCAGUGGAUUAUAUAUUUGAUAAACAAAUUAUUACCAGCAAAGGAGGGAGGUAUUUCUUGCCCAACAAUAAUUGUUGUCAGUAAGACUGGAUGUCACUGAAGAAUAAGCCUAUGUUGUGGGCUAGCAUUAACACUACAAUUACUAAGUGUCUGGUUUUGCCAGACAAGUAGGGUGCAAUAACAUCUUUGUAUGGAAUCUUAAUCAGAAAUACCAUGUGUAGCUCCAGCACAUGUACAAUUUUUUCAGCUAAGUUGCAAGAAUGAACGAACGGGCCUCGUGGUAGUUUAUUGCUAUACAGGGCGGAGUUUCUUUGGUGCCUUACUUUUUAUCUUAAAUUUUCCAGGGUGAAAAUUAAGUUUAAAACAGUGCUAGAGCAGGGAUGUAACCUAAACAGGAAAAAAAACAGGGUGGAUCAAAUAUUAUUAGAAACCUGUACCUUUGAAAUUCUGAUUUUGAUUUCCUAUUCAAAUGCUCUAUUCUUCCUUUUUGCUCAAUUGCUUUUUGAUUUGCCAUCCUUUGGAAGGGAUUGAAGAAGAAACAAUAGAGAGAUGUCUCUUGUAAACAAGCAUUAGCUGCUUGAAUAUUUCUAUGGCAACUGUCUGUUGCUGCGAUUUUCCUUUUUCUUUCUGGUAUAAUGAAGUUCAUGAACCAGUGGCAUGCUUUAUACUUUAGUCUAUUUCACAUCAUUUCUCUCUUUAAAAUUGUAAAGAGCAUGUACUGGGGUUUCAUAUAACGUUAGGGGUUUUUAUUUCGGGGGCGGGGGAAGCACAAUGUUAAUAAAUGAUGUGGUGAUAAGAUUUUUAACUGAAAUGAAUGUAAAGGUUUUAAUCUUUUUAAAAAAGAUUAUCUUGGAGAAACAGGGGUAAUAAUCUUCUCUCAUAAGAAAUAAGAUUUGGUUGGUUUCUUCAUUGUAAAAUGAACAGUUCGGCAAGAUGCAGAUAAAAGUGCAGCACCCUUAAGUCCCACUGAUAGCAAUAGGUGGGUUCAGCACACAAUACAGUCUGUCCCAUUGAAAUCACUGGGAUUUAUAAGUGUUGAACUGAAUUACGGCCUUAGUGAAUGAAGAACUUCCUGUCAUUCAACUCCCAGCUAUGCUCUCCUCACUACAGGCUUGUAAGUUGAAAGACAGACAGACAGAACCUUUAUUGGCAUAACCUUAACAGCAUCAAGGCUCGUAAGUUACCAGUAGAGUACAUUAAACCUUUACUUGUUAAAUCUUUGUUGUCAGUUUGUAAAGCCUAGCUGCCCCCUAGUAUCUUGUACUUUUUUUUAACUGGACACAUUAAUUUCUCAAAUAUUGUUGGCAUCAAAUUACAUUCCUCACAGGCCAGUUAUUCCUCCUCUAUAAGGCUGCUUCCACAUGGGGAGUUCCACAUGCUCCCAGUUUAUUAGGGAUCUUCCAUGUGAUGUUGUGUUUUUUCCAAAUACAGCUCAUUGGGAGCUCCCGGGGCUGUCCCGUUUAAGCCAAAGCAAAGAAAAACCUCCUGUGCUCUGACUUAAAGAGGAAACAGCAUGCUGGCUGCAGGCAGAGCCUCCAUGUGAAAGCUCUGCCAAUGGUUAAUCCACAGAGGGGAGUGGAACUCAAUGCCAGCAUUUCCCCAAUUUUUAAAAGAUCUUUAACGGGUCUUUACUUUAAUAGUGAGAGAGAAUUAAAGCAAUCCCUUUGCAAUCUAUUUUAUGCUUUUCAUGAAAAGGGUUUUCAGCUGUGAGUAAGCAUGAAACGGAAAGGAGUGUGGCUCUGUCAGCUCCUUGCCUGUGGCACUCAUAGGCAAUCCAGCAGUUUCCCCUUAUCCUCAUCUGUGACGAACAUGCCUUCUCCUUUCUUUUCCAGGAAUAUAUAGGCUGUGGAACCUGCAGUAACCACUGCAAACUUAAAUGUGUAACCUCAGAAUUCAGUCUUCUCCCUUCACUGUGAUACAAUCCUGAGGAUCUUCACCCCCAUGUGUGCUUUGCACAUGCACAGUGUAAUGGCUCUUGUGCAAACAGGUCUCCAUUUACCUAUGCGAUCUGGAGAAAAUAGUUGGAUAACCCAAGAGGAGUUUAAUUUCACCCUAAAAGCAGAUAUGAUCUAAUGAUUGGCAUUGUAUCUGCACCAAACAACUGACAAACUAUUGUUGGUAAGCAUAGCUGGUGGUGUCAAUACAACAUAUGGACAUAUACUGCCACCAGUGAAGAUUAAGGCAAAGCAAGAAAAUCAUUAACAGAAGUAAUCUGUUGAACAACUACUUAGAGCCAAAUCUUUGCACUGUGACUGUCCUAUGGACAUAAUGCAAACAAUGGCUCGGUGCUGCAUAAUGAAGCCUGGGAGAUCCUCAGACUCACAUAUUCCCUCCUCCCUCCUUAUGAAUUCAUAUCUAAUUGGUUAUUUCCUUGUUUACAUAAAACUGUAGCUUGUCAUUAUAUCCAAAUCAGUGAACCAAACAAGGAUUGCAAAGUUGGAAACAUACCAUGGUUUGAAAUCCAGAUUUGCAGGGAAAGCACAAAGUAUAAUGUGAAUGUAACAGCAAACUGUGGUUUGCCUCAAACCAAGAAAUAGUAAAUUACCUGGCAGUACAUAAGGAGAGUGGGCAACAAGAGAAGGGAGUGCACAAGCCCAAAGAUCCCCCAUGAUUGCUGAUGUAGUGCCAGUCCAAACAUUUGAGUUCCAAUGAUACAGCCAAGGUCUUUAGUUAUUUUUAAAUUGGGCAUGUAUUCUAUACAUUUGAGAAUACAAAGCAGACCUUUUCAAAAUAAACACCUGCUGUUAUCCUUAAAAACUUGUUGUUUGCCUAUAAUACAAUUAUGACAGGUUAUCUCCACAUUCCUUGCAUGCUUAGAAAAUGCACAUUGACAUUCUACUGGGAAUGAAAGAUAACCUUAUGCCAAAUUUAGGAAGAAUGAUUAAUGUUUAGAUACAUCUAAUUAAAAAAAAAUCCUACCUUAUUUCUCCAAGACAAAAACAUUUUUAAUUAUUGCUAUCAAUAUUAAAUAUAGAUCUCAUUCAUACAGUGUAUGAGUAGGAUCAUUUAGUCUUUUGUCCACAAGGACCAAUUUUUUUUAAAAAAACUGAUUUUCUUAUGUUAUAUUCAGUUGAGAAUAGACUCAUUUUUUUCCAGUAUAUGUCAAACAUCUGAUGUUUUAAGCUUAGAUAUUUAGGUACUUGUAUACUAAGGUGGUGUUGUAGUAAA